CAAGGAGGAGAGCAAGGAGGAGAGCAGGGAGAGGAGAGCAGAGAGGAGAGAAGAGCAGAGCAACAAAUUAGUGUGAGCAGUCGAGCCCGAAGAGCUGCGGUGCAGCAGGACAGCCUUCCUUAGUAGCUUGAAAUCAUUGGCAUGGCUCACAUUCACCUUCCCGAGCUUCUUCAACUACGGUAUGACGAGAACCACAGGGGAAGGAUGAUUUUCGCAGGGCAACAGUUGCUCCCAUUGCGUUCCAGGAGUGUGCGCAAGCUUAAGGAGUUAGACCCUCGAUUCCACGAGCCCCUCGCACAGGCCGGACUCCUACCGUUUGCACUUAUGAUGGCAGGAGCUCCCAUGGAGGGUGGUGGCAGGACUCCACUGCCGCCGAUCGAGGUCUCACUGCUCACAGGCCUGGUCGACCGCUGGCGUCCUGAGACGCACACAUUCCACUUUCCUUGCGGAGAGAUGACCGUUACUUUACGGGACGUUGCCAUGCUGACCGGGCUCCCGAUAAGGGGCACCCCGUUAGUACUUCCACGACCAGGAAAGGAGCAGUGGAAGAGUUAUAUUCACGACAGGUUUAACAUGCAUUAUGACAUGAAGGAUGUAGGGCUCUCCAUGACAUGGAUUCAUGGCCUACCACAGUUCAGCCCUUGCCCACCGGAUGCGGACGAGGCAACAGUUAUGCAGCAUUAUGAGGUGUACUUGUAUAUCUUGCUUGGAGGCAUAAUGUUUUGCAACACGGCAGGUGAUUAUGUACUUCCGCAUAUUUUAUGGUUAGCGCAUGAGCUCACAUCACGUCCGUACGAGCCGACACAUUACAGUUGGGGAUCUGCUGUGUUGGCUGCUACAUAUAAAGGAUUGUGUGCCGCAACCCAACGGUCAACAAAGAUGGGAUCUAUUUCUGGUUGCCUACACCUUCUACAGCGCUGGAGCUGGGAUUAUCUCCCGGUGUGUCGACCGUGGGUGAGCAAGACCUACUAUACAGUUCCCAUCUCUGACGGCGUCGCCGACGGCAUGAGGCCAACGAUGGGUUAUAGGUGGCUUCAUGCCAGGCUGCGAUGGAGUCACCACCAAGACCAUGGAAACUACUCCCGGGUGAUCAGUGACCUUGAUGUCCUCAGUGCCGAUCUUGUGGAGUGA